GGUCCGAGGGGCGGGCCCCGAGGCCCGCGCACGCGCCCCAGUUCCUGAGUUUGAGCUCGCCAGCAGGGCGAGCACACUGGGAACACCUGCGACACCCGGCCGGCAGGUGGGCAACGCGGGGUCUGUGGCGCAGUUGGGCCCCGGGCUCGGAGCGGACGGGGCGCAGAGCCCGGCUUCAGGCCUUUUCUGGUCCUCCAGCAGCACACAGGGAUGGAUGGGUGAAGCCCACUUGGGCUGUGGCACUGGCCAGCAGCCAUCAUCUCGCUGAGGCCCCCCUGGUGGCGAUAGGAUGCACCUCUCUGCGGUAUUCAACGCCCUCCUGGUGUCAGUACUGGCUGCCGUCCUGUGGAAGCAUGUGCGGUUGAGGGAGCAUGCAGCCACGCUAGAGGGGGAGCUGGCCCUUGGACAGCAGUCCCUGGACCCGGUCCCAGGGCUAAGGAUUGACUACCCGAAGGCCCUGCAGAUCCUCAUGGAGGGUGGCACCCACAUGGUGUGCACAGGCCGCACCCACACAGACCGCAUCUGCCGCUUCAAGUGGCUCUGCUACUCCAAUGAGGCCGAAGAAUUCAUCUUUUUCCACGGCAACUCAUCUGUGAUGCUGCCCAAUCUGGGCUCCCGGCGCUUUCAGCCGGCCCUGCUGGACCUGUCCACUGUGGAGGACCAUAAUGCCCAGUACUUCAACUUCGUGGAGCUGCCUGCCGCAGCCCUGCGCUUCAUGCCAAAGCCAGUGUUCGUGCCUGAUGUGGCUCUCAUCGCCAACCGCUUCAACCCCGAUAACCUCAUGCACGUCUUCCACGAUGACCUGCUCCCUCUCUUCUACACACUGAGGCAGUUCCCCGGCCUGGCCCAAGAGGCCCGGCUCUUCUUUAUGGAGGGAUGGGGCGAGGGCGCCCACUUUGACCUCUAUAAACUCCUCAGCCCCAAGCAGCCGCUGCUACGUGCGCAGCUCAAGACACUGGGCCGACUGCUCUGCUUUUCCCAUGCUUUUGUGGGCCUGUCCAAGGUCACCACCUGGUACCAGUACGGCUUUGUGCAGCCCCAGGGACCAAAGGCCAACAUCCUGGUCUCUGGCAAUGAGAUCCGGCAGUUCACCCGCUUCAUAACUGAAAGGCUGAACGUGAGCCACACGGGGGCGCCCCUGGGGGAGGAAUACAUUCUGGUCUUCAGUCGCACCCAGAACAGACUCAUUCUGAACGAGGCAGAGCUACUGCUGGAGCUAGCACAAGAGUUCCAGAUGAAGACAGUGACGGUGUCCCUGGAGGACCACACCUUUGCUGAUGUCGUGCGGCUGGUCAGCAACGCCUCCAUGUUAGUCAGCAUGCAUGGGGCCCAGCUGGUUACGGCCCUCUUCCUGCCCCGCGGAGCCACUGUGGUUGAACUCUUCCCUUACGCUGUCAAUCCUGACCACUACACCCCGUAUAAGACGCUGGCCACACUGCCUGGCAUGGACCUGCAGUAUAUAGCCUGGCGAAACAUGAUCCGGGAGAACACAGUCACACACCCUGAGCGACCCUGGGACCAAGGGGGCAUCACCCACCUAGACCGGGCUGAGCAGGCCCGCAUCCUGCAGAGCCGAGAGGUCCCCCGGCAUCUCUGUUGCCGGAACCCAGAGUGGCUAUUCCGAAUCUACCAGGAUACCAGGGUGGACAUCCCGUCCCUUAUACAAUCCAUUCGGCGUGUGGUGAAGGGCCGGCCGGGGCCACGGAGGCAGAGGUGGGCGAUCAGCUUGUACCCAGGCAAGGUGCGGGCGGCUCGCUGUCAGGCAUCAGUGCAGGGUGCCACUGAGGCCCGCCUGUCUGUGUCCUGGCAGAUCCCGUGGAACCUCAAGUACCUGAAAGUGAAAGAGGUGAAGUAUGAGGUGUGGCUGCAGGAGCAAGGGGAGAACACGUAUGUGCCUUACAUGCUGACCCUGCAGAAUCACACCUUCACAGAGAACAUCAAACCUUUUACCACCUACCUGGUGUGGGUCCGCUGCAUCUUUAACAGGAGCCUCCUGGGACCUUUUGCAGAUGUGCUGGUGUGCAGCACGUAGCAGGCAGGCCAUAGCCAGGUCUCAGGAGGGUAUCUUGCAGCUCAGCUUUCCCAGGCCCACGCUAGCAACCGUGGUGAUUAAUUAUCUAUUUAUUGAGUAGGCUUGCACUAAGCCUGCUUCCCGAUGUGUGCUGUUUGCAGAAUUCUUCUAGCCCUGAAGAGAUAGUGCCUGCUCCCUACACCACCCCCACCCAGGAGAAAUUCUUCAGUGAGGAGGAGGCACAGCUGGGUCCCAGGGAUCUGCUCUUGCUAAUAACCAUGCUGUUUCCUGCCGCAGCCUUGGUGCAGGUCCUGGCUUCUAGAAACAGUGGCCAUGUGGUUGGUGGGGUAGGCAGAUAAUCUUUGCGGAUUUCAUCUGUAGCUGAGUGACAGGUGUGUUUGGAGCAGUCAUUAAAUGAUUAAGAACAUCUUG